AGCCUUAGAAAGAAUCAACAUGAAACAGAUUGUGGACAAAGCAAAGAAGGCAUUUGCCACUGGGAGGACUCGCUCAUUGGAUUUCAGACUUCAGCAGCUCAAGGCUUUGAAGAGAAUGAUCAUUGAGAAAGAUGCUGAUAUCAAGGGAGCCUUAAUAGGAGACUUGCGCAAGAAUGAGUGCACUGCUUUCACGUAUGAGAUGAUGGGGCUGUUAGCUGAAAUUGAACUGGUGAUUGACAAACUCCAUGAGUGGGCUGCACCGCAACAUGUCAAAAGGAAUCUAACAACCAUGAGAGAUGAAGUUUACAUCAACUAUGAACCUCUUGGUGUUGUCCUAGUUAUCGGAGCCUGGAACUACCCAUUUGUGGUUACUAUGCAGCCUGUAGUGGGCGCCAUUGCAGCAGGUAAUGCUGUGGUGAUCAAACCGUCUGAAGUCAGUGAGCAUACUGCCAAGCUCUUGGAGAAAAUUAUCCCACAGUACUUGGACAAGGUACUGGACCAGUGUCUGCAAUUCUACGCUAUAUUAUUUUUCUCCCUGUUUAAAAAUGAAAGAACUUUAAAAUUGUUUAAAUCUAUCCUUUG